GGACAAAGUGAGUCUUUCAAUUACAUUUACGUCAUUUAGCAGACGUUCUUAUCCAGAGCGACUUACAAUUCUGUGCAAACCAUUGUGAAGAGUAUACAAUUACUUGCUACUGCUCUAGUUAUUGGUAACUACAUUUGCAGUGCUCGCAGCAUCAAUGGCAUUAGCGGAAUCUAAACCAAACCUCAGCCAUCUACAGGUGUCUGAGCUAGUGAAGAGGCUCUUUGACUUGACGCCGUCCCAGAUUCACCCGCUGCCCAGCUACGAUGACCAGAACUUCCGCUUGGUGGUCAGUGAGGACAACGAGUACGUCCUGAAGGUAAUGAACUCUGAGGACAGUCAGAACCCCUCUCUGCUGGAGCUGCAGACUUAUGCAAUGACCUUCCUGCACGAGAAGGGGCUUCCUGCCCAGACUGUCCUCCCCGCCAUCUCAGGACAAGUCAUGAGCCUGGAGGACAUCGACUGCGGCUUUGGCAUGCAGAAGUACCUGGUGAGACUGCUGACCUAUUUACCGGGGACCACCAUCGCCAAAGUGCCCUGCUCUCCACAGAUCCUGUAUGAAACUGGCAAAAUGGCCGCCAAGAUGGAUACAGUCCUGCAGGAAAUGGAGCAUCCUCAACUCCAUGUACUACAGAGGGAGAAGUUCAUCUGGAGUCUGUCCAACAUCCCUCUGCUGGAGCCGUACCUCCAUCUAAUGGACGGGGAUCCUGUACAGCAGGUGGUCAAGUCAGUCAUCCAACUGUACAAGACUUGUGUUCAGCCCAAACUCGGCUCCUUCCGCAAGUGCAUCAACCAUGGUGACUUCAAUGACCACAACAUCUUGGUGCAACCAGACGAUUCAACCGCCUACAAAAUCUCUGGCAUCCUGGACUUUGGGGACAUGAGCAGCGGCUACUACGUGUUCGAGCUGGCCAUCACCAUCAUGUACAUGAUGAUCGAGAACCCCACACCUCUGAAUGUGGCAAGAGACGUGCUAGCCGGCUGGGAGAGUGUUAUUCCCCUCAACGAAGCCGAGAGGGACGCACUCUACCUGCUGGUGCUCUGUCGCUUCUGCCAGUCCCUGGUUCUUGCCCGCCACACUGUGGUGCAGCACCCGGAGAACAAAGAUUACCUCAUGAUCACCACCAAGACGGGCAUCGGCCAUCUUUGCCGACUUUGGGAACUGGGCAAGGAGGUGGUGGAGAGGAGGUGGUUUCAGAAUGCCACCCACUAUCCUGGCAAAGAGUGGCCCAAUGGUCUUCAAGCCCAAGAGGUUUAAGGGAAGCAGUCUCUCUUGAAGGAUAUUUCAGGGACCACUUUCUUUUCAUAGGCUGUGUCCCGAUUUAUUUUCCCUUCAGCCAGUGCCUCCACCAAUCCAAUGAUGUUGAAUCCAUGUGGAGUCUGCAGGUGCACCUUUUUAAGUAUUAAAAGGUACACUCAGCAAUAUGAAAUCAUUAAAAAGUGUGGCGUGCCUCGAGCUAAUAGUUGGUUGUCAUCCUGUUCUGCAUGAUAAUUUCAUAUUGCUGAGUCUACCCUUUUAGCAGACCGACCAUCUGAUAAAAGGUAAACUCAUUUAAACUUAUUAACUGGAUUCCAUCAGUCUGGUAGUGUGACCUGAGGAAAAUCUGACUCAAAAUCUGUUCUAAAACGGUUUUGAAUCUUGGUCAGUCUCAGAUUUGUCUGAACCCAUCCAGUUGAGAGAAGUAUAGAUUUCUGCUCUGUGAUAACUCCGUUUUACAUGCAUUAAGUCAUCUCUUAACACUCCCAAAGCUUUGAUUUACGAAUUUAACCCCCCUCUGCACGGAAUUUGUGCCAUAUGAUCAUUCAAAUGAGUAGGUCGGAUGAUUUGAGGUGCUUAUAUGCAUAGCAACAAGUUACUCUGAAUCAGCUGUUGCAGUGUCCACAAUCCACACUAUGUCCUGUGUCAAUUUUCAUCAUUCCAUUUUUAGGGCUCACUUCAAUUAGUGUAACUCACUUUACAAAAAAAGCAAUUCAGCAGCUAUGACCUACAUUUAACUGAAGUGCCUGUGUAAGGAGUCAUUGAUGUACCAUGAUCGUUUGUUAAAGUCAUAUUUUGUAAGAUUCAUCUAAUUCCUUUGCAUAAUAAACCUACAAAUCUGUGAAAUUAAGAA